UUUUCUAAUACAGAUUACCAUUAAUAAGCUAAUAGCCCCUCGCAAAGUUAUACAUGCAAUUGAUUGUGGAAGUUAUUUGGAGACUCGUACCUCUGCUGGUAUUAAAUACAAGAGUGUAUUUUAUUGUUUAAUUUUCUAGGAUCAUCAUCAUAUUGGUACAUCAGAAUUCGUAGACUAUUAUGAUAGAGUUGAGAAUAGAAAGAUAAGAUUUACAGAUGAUCAAUCCCUAUAUAUUACUCAAAGGUAGGGUUAAAGCUUUGCUUAUACUAUUCCUAUAGGCAAUGAAAUUCCUGAAAACGAAACAUAUGUUCUUGUAUUGAAAUUUGCAGAGGUAUUUGAUUCAAGAUAUUUAGUUACAUUACGAAGAAAACAAUUCCAGAGUUUUUAAUGUAUUAUUGGGCAAGAAGAUGAUUCUAUAAAAUAUCGAUAUUUCACAAUUAGUAGGACCAUUCACAGCACAUACAGAAUAUGUAGAAAUUCUAAUUGACGGAGGGGCUGUGUAUUAUUAAGGGAAGCCUUGUAUUGGAGCUUUAAAUAAUAGAAAUGAAUUAGUAGUUGGAUUUAGUGCAAGUUAGGAUUAAGCAACUGUUGCUGCUUUAUUUUUAUUUAAAGGUACUUUGAAAGAAACAGAUUUUGAGGACAAGGAGAAGUUUUAGGAAAGAUGGAUAUAGUUAAACACUCCUAAAACCAAUGAAGAGAUGAAAAAAUAAAAAGAAGAAAAACUAAAAAGUAUUGAAGAAGAAAUAAAGGAGAAAUAAAGCAUCUUAAAAAUAAGAGAAGGAUUUGGACAUGAGAUUGAAAUUGAAGAAGUGAAAGCACCUCAGAAAAAAGCUGAAUGGCCUGAAUUCUCCUUUUAAUUAUUAUUCAUUUUACUCAAAACACCUUUAGGAGCAGUUCUAUUAGUUGGGUUUUUAACAGUAUGUUUUGUUACAAUAAGCUUUGUCUUCUUUGAUCCAUAUGGAUAAAAGAAACUGAAAUAAUAAUAUUAAGAAUUAAAGAAAUCAAAAGAUAUUCCUAAAAAAUAAGUAUUACCAAAAACAGAUUGA